CACACCGCUACCGCCCCUUCCCGCUCCGAGCCGCGGCCGCUUUGUGAGAAUGAACUUUGCAUCGCAAGCGGGGGAAAAGAAAAAAAAAGGAAACAAAAGGAGGGGGAGAGGAAGUAAAAGAGGCGUUAGGAAAUGGGCAAUUAAACCGACAGAGCGCUAAUGAAAGGGGGGAAAAAAAAAAAACAGGAGCGGAGGGGCUCGGUCUUGUCGGGUUUAGCGCAGCCCUGAGACGGUUGCUUCAAGGGCCGGCGCUGCCCGGUGGAGCCCGAGCUCGGUGUGCGGGCGCUGCCAGGAUGUCCCAGCCCCGGUGGCGGUGGAAGGCAGGCCGGGACUGCCGCCUCGAGCGGCAUGAGCUCCGCGAUUUGUUUUGAAUGUUCCCUUUUAUUGGUGUUCUCCGUUUGCCAAAACGCGCUUGAUUACAUAGAUGCGGUGCCGUGAUAACUGCGCACCCUAGACAGCCUAGGUGUAACCGGGAAAGUUCAGCCCAGGCCAGAUCAAAUCCCAGGCUGUUUAAUGCUGGAAGGCUGCAUGUUGCUAUUAGUGUUAAAUAUAUGGCUAAUUAUGCGUAUGAAAAUUAAACAUCAGUGUUAUGCUAAUGGGGCCGCCUUCAGCUGUGGAUCAGAGCACUUGAGACUAGCAUUUAAUCAAAUGAAUCAGUAACUAAUACAUCUGCACGUGUGAACUUUCACAAGAUCAUUUUCCUGUUACAGUCACACCGCUGAAUUAUGAAAGAAAUAAUUAUCAACACUUUCUAAUUAUCUAACAAAGUAAUUUGGGAUUCAUCGUGGGCUUUCUGGGGAGGAUCUCCCAAGUCCCACCUCAUUUACCGCUCGCGCACGCGGAAGUUUUCAUUUUAAGCUCAAAUGCGCCGUUUGGCCGGUCAGGGCGAUUUUUGUUUCCUUGGAUUUUUUAUCUUUUUUUUCCCUUUAAGGACAAUAACGGCAACAACCGGGCUGCGCUCAGCGGGGGCGGAAAGCCCCUGCGCGCCCGCGGAGCCUGCGCGGCCGGGCAGGAAAGGGGCUGACCGCUUUGUCUGCGGGUCCCGCACGGUGGGCCCGCAGCCCGCCGGGGCCGGCGGAGCGCGGCUGCCGUUCUCUCCGCGCCGCCUGCGCCGUGAGGGGCGGAGGAGAAGGGCAGAGGGCGGCACGCUGCCUCCUGCCGACCUCCGGCUGGGCGCCGUCAGCCACCGCCGGCGGGAACGGGCGGCCCGCGGUGGGAACGGGGAGCCCAAGUGGCUCCGGUCGCGGGGCCGGCCGGGGAGCGGGGCCGGGGAGCCGUCGUAGCGGAGGCCGCCGAGCGGAGCCGAGCCGAGCCGAGGCGAGGCGAGCCGGCGGUACCGUCGGGGCGUGCGGCCGGCACGCGGGGACGCGCGGCGCUGGCAUCCCGGCUCUCCGUGCUCACCGGGGUCCGGGCGAGCCCCGAGCGCCUUGGACCAAUCCAAAGCGAUUAUGCAAGACGGCGGACCAAUCAGCUCCGCCAGCUCAUGAAUAUUCAUAGGCUUGGCUGAGUCAAAGCUUUUAGGCGAGUUUGUGUAGAUCUACAGCAUCAUGCUUAGACUUUUCAAAGAGACAAACUCCAUUUUCUUAUGAAUGGAAAGUGAAAAACCCUGUUCCGCUUAAAUUGGGUUCUUUCCUGUCCUGAGAAACACAACAGACCCCAAAAAGGCAAGCUGAAGAGAGAACACACACACAGACCAAGCGACAAGAAAUGACCAUGACUACCAUGCCAGAGAGUCUAAAUAGCCCCGUCUCAGGGAAGGCUGUCUUUAUGGAGUUUGGGCCGCCCAGCCAGCAAAUGUCUCCUUCUCCCAUGUCCCACGGACACUAUUCCAUGCACUGUUUACACUCCGCGGGCCACUCUCAGCCUGACAGCUCGUACAGCACAGCUUCGUCCUUCUCCCGACCGCUGGGCUACCCCUAUGUGAACUCGGUCAGCAGCCACUCCAGCAACCCCUACAUCAGUUCAGUGCAGUCCUACCCCAACAGCUCCAGCCUGACUCAGACCCGGUUAGAGGAGACAGGGGCCGAAUCCGAGAAAAGCACUGUGGUAGAAGGAGGGGAAGUUCGCUUUAAUGGGAAAGGGAAAAAAAUCCGCAAACCCAGGACUAUUUAUUCCAGUUUGCAGCUACAGGCUUUGAACAGGAGGUUCCAGCAAACUCAGUACCUGGCUCUGCCCGAAAGAGCCGAGCUCGCAGCAUCUCUGGGACUCACCCAGACCCAGGUGAAGAUUUGGUUUCAGAACAAGCGCUCCAAAUUCAAGAAGCUGAUGAAGCAAGGAGGGGCCGCCCUGGAGAGCAGCGCCUUGACCAACGGCAGGGCUCUCUCCGGCAGCUCACCACCAGUGCCCCCGGUGUGGAAUACCACCUCCGCCUCCGGUAAGGCCUCAUCGGGGACCCCGGGCACCUACAUCCCCAGCUACACGUCGUGGUAUCCUUCGGCCCACCAAGAAGCUAUGCAGCAGCCGCAGCUGAUGUGAUUAUAAACGCGUUUUCCCCUGCCGCAAGCACCAUCGGCCCCGAAAAGAAUCAAAAUCAUUACGGAAAAAAAUAAUUUAAAAAAAUUUAAAAUAGAGAGAAAUUAAGAAAAAAAUAAAAGGAAAGGGGGGAAAAUGAGGAAAAAAAAAAAUAACAGGGAGAAAGAGAGAGAGGACAAAACCACAAAGGAAACCCAAGCGAACAACCAAGCAGGAGGUCUCUUGCCCGUCCAGCCGCCGGGACGCUGCCCCGCAGCCCGGUGCGGGAGCGCACAGCUGCGAUGCGGCCGGUUCCCAGCGCUGACAGCUGCCGGGCGGCCCCGGGCACCGACCGCGCACCAGCCCGGGAGCACCGCGAGCGGCGGCCGCGGCUUUGUGGGACAAUCGGAAAAAGAUGUUUGGGGGGAGGGGGGGAAGCCCUCUCCUCUGUCCUGUCUGUCUGUCUGUGUCUGUUGAAAUGUAGGUCAUUUAUUUGCUACUCCGAUCUGACGGUCUCUUCAAUUGCAAGAGGGGAGGAAGUUGUACAAUGUCCAGAGCUUCUUUCCCUCGAAGUUUUCUGUACCUUUCACUCUCCAUCUGUAUAUUUUUUGUUGUUGUUAAAAGGGGAAGACAGGGGUUUUAUUUAUUGAUUUAAAUUACCACUAUGAGAGCGCCAGAAACAAACUCAGCUCGCUGAGUGCACUGCUCGGACGGACGCACUGUUUACUUCAAACAAAACCACACUCGGCCCCCGGCCCCCCCCCCAACCCCAAUAAACCACCUCGAAAGAAGGCGCGAUUUUUAACUUUUACAAUAACUUUUCUACUUCGCUGUUGUGGAGGGGUUGGCGCCCAGUGAUUUGCAUCUCUCGCGUAUUUAACAAAGGGAAUACGUGCGCGUUGUUUGGUGCUCGGAAGUGGAGCCGCAGCAGCUGCCGAGCGCGGUGCCGAUGUGAAGCAAGGCGCGGAGGACGGAACGAGAGCCCCGAGGGAGGCGACGGCGGGGGGGGGGGGGGGCUGGUGUCCCGCUGGGCGGGCGGGCGCACCCGCGCAGCUCCGCGCAGCCCCGGCCAGGCUUCUCCGCGCAAAGAUGGCCCGAAGUCUAAAUGCACAAACCGACGUGCAGGAGCUACUCGCUGUACAUAUUUUAUUCAUUAUUAUUAUUAUUAAUAUUAUUAUUAUGUAAACAUGUUGCACAAAUUUAGCCUUUUUUUAAUUAUUAUUAUUAUUUCUGUUCCUUUUCGUGUGGCUGUAAAACAUGAUGCUUUGUGUACUGAGAUCUUGACAUUUUACUUGUGAAACUCGGAAGAUGUGAUAAACUGAGCUCGGCUGUGUUUAGUGUUCUAUAUGUCAAAGUUUAGUUUUAUAUUAAGAAUGUUAACUUAUUGCUUUGUAUUUGGGGAAGGAAAGAAAACAAAAACAAAACCGAAAACCACACAAAUCUUUGUACAUAAGUUAUAAAGUUUCUUUGAGACAGUAAAAUUAUGGUUUGGAAAAAGA